AUGAAGGUCUUCACUACGUUCACUCUUCUGCUUCUGACCGCCUUCCGGUUCUCGCAAGCGUUGGCUAUCGAACCUUCCAUCGGCUUCGUCCUACCUCGUGGGCUCCCCGACGGAUCAUACACCGUCGCUCGUGACACCAACCAUCCAGACAAGCACAUUUUCACCAACAUCAACACUCGAGAGAGCUACGAGAGCACCAAAACCGACCGACUCGCUCGCCGCGAAGAGCGUGAGGCCCUGGGUAUAACCGCCCGCACGAUUCCCAACGGUCAAAUAGGGUGCACGUUCAAGACGUACGACCACAACGACUGGCAGGCGGCACGGGACGCGUUCGAGACCGACAUCUUAAUUUUUAGUGGAUCGCCCUAUGUCGUCACUCGUGGAAAUGCGAUGCUUUACAUGUGUGCGUACAAAACCAAUCCGACCUCUCAAGUGGAGUACGACGAGGCGAAUUCCAAACUAGAUAGGCAGUGUGGAUCCUGGAUGGGAGGAUACUACUGGAUUCAGAAUUGGGACAAGACGUAUGGCCGUGACAAUGUUGCAGCACAGAUUUGUUCCUGA